AUGGCCUUCUCCAAAGCCUCCUCCUCGACCCCUUCGACGUGCGAAGUAUUUUUGAGUUUUAGAGGAGAAGAUACUCACAACAACUUUACUGCACACCUACACAAUGCUUUGCACCUAAGGGGAAUCAAUACCUACAUAGGUGAGGAGCUUAGAAGGGGAGAGGAAAUUUCACCAGCACUUUUCAAAGCCAUUGAAGAGUCGAGGAUUUCCAUUCUUGUGCUAUCGGAAGAUUAUGCAUCAUCCACUUGGUGCUUGGACGAGCUUAAGAAGAUCCUUGAGUGUGAGAGAAGAAGGCAACAAAUUGUUCUACCAAUAUUUUACCUUGUAGAUCCAUCAAAAGUAUGGCAUCAAAGAAAGAGUUUUGGACAAGCAUUGACUAAACAUGAAGGUAGAUUUAAGGAUGAUAUGAAGAUUCAGAAAUGGAAGGAAUCCCUAAAAGAAGUGGCCAAGUUGUCUGGAUUCCAUUUAAAGAAGGAAGGAUAUCUAGUUGGAAUAGAGUCUCGUGUACAAGAUAUCAAUUUGUUAUUAGGUAUUGAGACCAAGGAUAUACGCAUGGUAGGGAUUUUUGGAGUUGGUGGAAUCGGGAAAACUACUAUCACCAAAGCAGUCUAUAAUCUAAACGCUUAUCGGUUUGAGGCAAGUUGUUUUCUUCCAAAUGUUAGAGAAACUUCAAAUCGAAAAUGCGGUCUACUCCGAUUGCAAGAGACACUUCUUUCUAAGAUCUUAAGAGGUUCAAAUUUGAAUGUUAGCACUGAUGACCAAGGUAUCAAUGUGAUAAAAGAGAGGUUUCAAUGUAAAAGGAUUCUUUUUGUUAUUGAUGAUGUGGAUCAACUGGAGCAAUUGGAAAAAUUAGUUGGAGAUCAUGAUUGGUUCUGUUUAGGAAGCAGAAUCAUCAUAACAACAAGAGAUCAAAGUUUGUUUACUAAUCAUAAAGUUGAUUCAAUAUACGAGAUGAAGAGAUUGGAUCGAAAAGAAGCUUGUGAGCUCUUUAGCUGGAAUGCUUUUAAAAGAAACAAACCAAAUGAUGAAUAUACAAACCUUGCAAAACAUUUUAUACGUUAUGCUGGAGGCCUUCCACUAGCUUUAAAAGCGCUUGGUUCGGAUCUAUAUGGUAGAAGUAUACGUGAAUGGAUAAGUGCUUUGAAUGACUACAAAAGAGUUCCUCACCAUGAUAUUCAAAGAAUAUUAAGAACAAGUUAUGAUGGGUUGCGUGAGAAUGAAAAGAAUAUUUUUCUUGAUAUUGCAUGUUUCUUCAAAGGAGAGCGUGCAGAUUACGUCAUUAAAAUAUUAGACAAUUGUGGGUUCUCUCCGGAUAUUGGUUUAGAAAAACUUAUGGAUAAGUGCCUCAUAACUAUUGAUAAGCAUAACAUAUUGGGGAUGCAUGACUUACUGCAAGAAAUGGGUAAGGAAAUUGUUCGUGAAGAAUCACCUAAAGAACCUGGCAGACGCAGUAGAUUAUGGUUUUAUGAAAAUGUCCGCCAUGUACUUGAAGACAAUACUAGUUCUCCAAACUUAACAAUUAUGGAUUUCUCCUAUUGUGAGUCUCUUAUAAAAAUUCCAGAUCUUUCGAGGAGCCAUAGUUUGAAGAAAUUGAAUCUUAGUUGCUGUACAAAUUUAGUUGAGAUUCAUAAUUCUGUUGGAUUUCUUGAUAAGCUUGUUUCUUGGAGUCUUUACGGAUGCUCUAACCUUAGGGGUCUUCCAAGAAGCCUCAAGCUAAGAUCUCUAGAAUGGCUUAACUUUUAUGGUUGUUCAAGCCUUAUUGACUUCCCUGAAAUCGAGUGUGAAAUGAAACAUUUAAGACAGAUUGGAUUGGAAGACACUGCUAUAAAAGAGUUACCUUCAUCCAUUGGGUACCUCACUGGACUGCAAUCAGUAUAUUUGAAAGGCUGCAAAAACCUUAUUCGUCUCCCAAGCAGUAUUCUUCAAUUGCAACAUCUAGAAAUUACUCCACUGUUACCUGUAUCAGAUUCAAGCAUUUCUGAUGAUGAUUAUUCCACAAUAGCAUUUCCAUUGUAUCUUGAAAGCUAUGUGCUAUCAAAAUCAAGUUUUUUUAGGAAAUCUAAUUGCUUGACCACUUUGUCUUGGUUAGACCUAUCAGGGAGUGAUAUUGUUAGCCUUCCAGAAAGCAUGAAAGGAUUUGUAGGAUUGAGGCGCCUUUAUGUGAGGUAUUGCGAGCAACUUCAAGAAAUUCCAAAACUUCCACCAAAUAUAGUAGAGAUAUAUGCCAGUGGAUGCAAGUCAUUGGAAAGCUUUCCAGAAGGACAUGACUAUUUAGAUGGUAUUGUGUUUCCUGGAAAGAGGAUUCCAGACUGGUUCAGCCAUCGAAAGGGGAUUUUAGAAAGGAAUUCAUGUGAAAUAGAUAUUAGAGGACACCAAUGUUUGGAUGAUGAGAUCAGGGGAAUUGCUUUGUGUGCUAUUGUUGGACCUGUUCGUUCAUUGCGCCCACGUCCUAUUGUUAGUGCUAGGAUCAUAGGAAAUGGUAUCCUGAGUUGUGGAGCCCAUCUGGUACAUAAACAUGAAAAGAGUGUAGAAGAUUAUCCAAGUGUCCUCCAUGAGAAGGUUGAAAACAUUGAAGAAACUGUGAUUUCUGUAGAUUUAAUGGAGGGUAAUCAACUUUCUAAGAGGCGCCUAGAUGAGGAUGAUGAUCCCAACUUGGAACUCAAUUGGUACCCACUACAGAAGAGACAUUGUUCAACCUCGGGCAUCAAAGUCUUGGAUUUGGAGAAUUCUCAAGGACUAAAAGAUUCAAAGGAAGAUUUGAAUUUGGAGCUGGAUUUUUAA